AUGGAUAUCUCCAUUAAAAUACAGCAUUCUGAUACUAAAGAUACAGACAAAGCCCCGAGACUCAUAACUGAAAGCUCUUCAAACACCCACAAAAUGUCCACCACCAUGAAACGAAUUUUUGAUUUGGCAAAACAACGAGCAAAAAGAUCAGCUUUCCUCCCAUCUGCGGCUAAAAUCUGUCCACAGGAAUCCAUGCAACAGAUUUUAGCCAGUCUUCAAGCUUAUUAUAGAUUAAGAGUGUGUCAGGAGGCAAUCUGGGAAGCCUACCGGAUCUUUCUGGAUCGCAUCCCCGAUCCAGGGGAAUACCGGAAUUGGGUCGACCUCUGCCAGCAGGAGACCUUCUGCCUCUUUGACAUUGGGAAAAAUUUCAGCAGCUCCCAGGAGCACCUGAAUCUUCUCGAGCAGAGAAUAAAGCAUAGAAGCUUCUCAGAGAGAAAAGACGAAAUAUCUACAGAGGAGACAUUGGGAAAGUCUGAUGAAAUCCGGGCAUUUUCAACAGAUGUUGCCUCACUUGCACCCCUCCUUCCCUCUCCUGCUGACACACACCUCAAUGAAAUCCUCAACUAUACCCUCCAAGAGACAAAGAAGCCUCCAACUGAAAGAGAAACAUGGAGACAUAAUGUCUCCAAGGACCUACUGGAGAAAGUGGAGUUUAGCAUCUCUCUGGCUAACCAGAAGUUCAAGACAGAGCUCUCUGACUCCCAGUCGCCAUACUACCAGGAGGUAGCAGUCAAGUCACAACUUCAGAUGCAAAAGGCAUUUAAGAAACUUCCAGGAUUCAAAGAAAUCCAUGUGUUGGGAUUUAGACCAAAGAAAGAAAGAGAUGGUUCAAGCUCCACUCAGAUACAACUCAUGGCCAUCUUUAAGAAAGACAGCACAGAGGCUAAAAGCCCUGUAAAUCAUUUCCAGUCAAUUGAUUCUAACACACUUGAAAGUGGAAUCCAUCAUGGAACCAAAGACGACCACAAGCAACCAGAAAUCUCUCUCACAGCCACGGACCUUCAAGUGCUCAUCAGCAGAGUCCUAGAGGAAGACCAGUCCUUGGAUGUGAGGACAAUCCAGUUCACUGAUGGUCAGUUGGUGAUUUCAUCAUUGAGUUUAUCAGACUGGCAGACAGUAUAUGAAUGCACGGUGAAAGUUGGCAUUCUAACAGACUUGCUAAAAAUCAUUACUGAGAGGGACAUCAUGUACAAAGCUGUUGAGUCACUACCAAACCUUGAUAGGGACACCGAAUUAGGGCUUCCAACAUCUUUUACUGAUGUCACAAUGGAUGCUACCUUGAGUCCAGAACUUUCUCUUGGUGUACCUGUGCUGGAGACCAUGGAUACAACAGAGCAUGGUCUGUCUGACAGUUCUUGGUCCCCACCUGCUAUGGUGUCUGCCUCCCUGUCAGAAACUCCAUCAUUCUUUACGACCCCGAGUAUCUUCUCUCUGGCUGAUGAGAGCACCACAGACCUAAUGUCUAUUGACCAGACAUUACUAGUCCCCACGAGUGAAUAUUCUGCCAUUAGUCAAGUGACUCCGAGAAUUUCAUCUUCACUUGCAUCUUCAGAUGACAGCGGAUUGAGUAUGGGCAGCCAAGCUACAACCAGAGACCUAGAUGUAACAGCUCUGUCAAACACUCCUGCUUUCUCUGAGGACCCAGGACUCAAUGGAUCUGUUUCUACCCUGGAUCAUUUCUUAGAGAAUCCCACAUCUGCCCCAGCUUUACAGUAUGUCACCACUAGCUCCAUGACCAUUGCUACCACAGGCCGGGAGCUGGUAGUAUUCUUCAGCUUGCGUGUGGCUAACAUGCCCUUCUCCAAUGACCUGUUCAACAAGAGCUCACAGGAGUACCAAACUCUGGAGCAACGAUUCACACAGCUGCUGGUACCCUAUCUCCAGUCAAAUCUUACAGGAUUUAAGCAACUUGAAAUACUUAACUUCAGAAAUGGGAGUGUGAUUGUGAACAGCAGAGUGAGGUUUGCCAAGUCAGUGCCAUACAACCUCACCAAGGCAGUGCACGGCGUCCUGGAGGACUUCCGCUCCACAGCUGCCCAACAACUUGACCUGGAGAUAGACGACUACUCCCUCAAUGUUGAGCCAGCUGAUCAAGCAGAUCCCUGCAAAUUCCUGGCCUGUGGGGAAUUUGCUCAGUGCGUAAAGAAUGAGUGGACCGAUGAGGUGGAAUGUCACUGUAAACCAGGACACCCAAGUCAGGGCGAUGUGGCUCGCAGCAACUCGGGCCUCUGUGCCCCCGGAGGGGAAUGUGAGGUCGUCCUGGGCCAAGGAGUGCCAUGCAGAUUGCCAGAUCACUCUAAAAAUGAAGAGGAUAACAGUGCUAUCAACUUCCAACAUCAGCUAAAUAACAAGGUAACCAGGAAAAGAAAGUCUGAAUCUCCUACUGUGGGAAAUGAAGAAUUUAACCAUCCAGAUUGGCAAAGAAAUUAA